GUGCCAUCGCGCUCACAUUCAACAGGAGGCAAGUGGUGGAUGCGGAUGGAAACUUAUACUUCGUAUUUGCCAUCUUCACCAAAGUAGAGGCAUGCACUCAAAGCUACAAUUUUAAAUUGGAUGCGUUCAGGCGACUGCGGUGGAGUCGAAGCUGACAGGUCUUUUUAUUCAAAGUUGAGAUAAUUUUUACUGGCGUAUUGCGGAUAGGUGCGUUGCGCGCGGUGGUGCAGCUAACUACUCUGUUUCUCUAAAGAUUUCAAGGACACAGCCUGAAAAAAAUACUUAUUCCACAGUAGGAAGUGACAAUUGAAGUCACAAUGGCAGCUGUGGCACUCAAUGGAUCGAACAUAACAACGGGGAACUUUACGAAUCAGUUUGUUCAGCCGCCUUGGCAAGUUGCCCUGUGGUCGGUCGCCUACAGCUCCGUUUUGGCGGUGGCUGUGUUCGGAAACCUCAUCGUCAUAUGGAUAAUUCUCGCCCACAAACGAAUGCGGACAGUCACCAACUAUUUCCUUUUGAACUUGGCAUUUUCGGACGCAUCCAUGGCCGCCUUCAACACGUUAAUUAAUUUCAUAUAUGCUGCCCACGGAGACUGGUACUUCGGAGAGGCUUAUUGCAGGUUUCACAACUUUUUCCCCGUCACCUCCGUGUUCGCAAGCAUCUAUUCGAUGACUGCAAUUGCCGUUGAUAGGUACAUGGCCAUCAUCCACCCUCUGAAGCCACGGCUGUCGGCCACAGCCACCAAGGUGGUGAUCAUGUGUAUCUGGGCGCUGGCUGUGGUGCUGGCCUUCCCCCUCUGCUUCUACUCCACCAUCCGCAUCCUGCCCCGCCGGACCAUCUGCUAUGUGGCCUGGCCCCGCAAGGAGGACGACCCCUUCAUGUUUCAUAUCCUUGUGAUGCUACUGGUCUACCUACUGCCCCUAAUGGUAAUGGGCAUCACCUACACCAUCGUCGGGGUGACACUGUGGGGGGGAGAGAUCCCGGGGGAUUCAUCUGACAACUACCACGGCCAGCUCCGGGCCAAGAGGAAGGUGGUCAAGAUGAUGAUCAUUGUGGUGGUGACCUUCGCCCUCUGCUGGCUGCCGUACCACGUCUACUUCAUCGUGACGGGACUCAACAAGGCUCUGAUGAGGUGGAAGUCCAUCCAGCAGGUCUACCUGUCAGUGAUGUGGCUGGCCAUGAGCUCCACCAUGUACAAUCCCAUCAUCUACUGUUGCCUCAACAGCAGGUUCCGGGCUGGCUUCAAGCGGGCGUUCCGCUGGUGCCCCUUCGUCCAGGUGUCCAGCUAUGAUGAGCUGGAGCUGAGGGCCACCCGUCUCCACCCGGCCCGCCAGAGCAGCAUGUACACCCUGUCCCGCAUGGAUACCUCUGUGGUAGUGGUGUAUGACCCUGUAGACGGAACAAACAACCAGAACCAGGCCAGGAAGAAGAGCUACGUCAACCAGAGAAUGGAAAAUGGGCUUGGUUGCAAUGGGAACGGGGCCAAGGCUAAGGCAGGCUGCGCCCCCAAUGCUGAGGCUGAGGACUUCUCCUAAAGGAGGGCAUACUGGAUGCAGACACACACUGUCAGGCAUGAGCAAACACACAGGCAUGUGUGGGUAGACAUUGGGUAGACAUUGCAAACAUACAUACACGCUGUCCCUGUCAAUACACACACAUGCAAACACACACUUUUCAAAGAGUUCAGAGAACAUCUCUGGAAACACAUUUUAGAUGAGAAGCAGGAAUUAAUUGUCAAAUAUAACCAUCAGAUAGCAUAUUGUUGUUCGGUCUGUAAUACUAUGAAUAUCACUGAAGUGUACUGUAUAUAAAAACAUCCAUAAGAAAAAAAGAUGUACAAAAAAUGCCUGGCCAAGUAACAUCCUGAAUGCAAUGGCUACUGAGUGUUUAAAACAUGAUGAACACCUGCUCUUUCCAUGACAGACUGACCAGGUGAAUCCAGGUGAAAGAUAUGAUCCCUUAUUGAUCCACUUCAAUCAGUGUAGAUGAAGGGGAGGAGAAAGGUCAAAGAAAGAUUUUGCUGGGGGUUUUUCCACGCUCAACAGUUUCCCGUGUGUAUCAAGAAUGGUCCACCGCCCAAACGACAUCCAGCCAACUUGACGCAACCGUGGGAAGCAUUGGAGUCAACAUGGGCCACCAUCCCUGUAGAAUGCGUUCGACACCUAGAUUCCAUGCCCCGAUGAAUUGAGGCAAUUCAAUAUUAGGAAGGUGUUCUUGAUGUUUUGUACACUCAGCUCCAAAAGUAUUUGGCCAGUGAAAAUGUGUUUGCUGUUUUGGCUCUGUACACCAGCACUUUGGAUUCUAAAUGAUAUGAGGUUAACGUGCAGAUUGUCAACUUUAAUUUGUUGGGUAUUUUCAUCCAUAUCGAGUGAACCGUUGAGACAUUACAGCACUUUAAGAUUCUUAGGUAGUGUGUCCAUAGCUACCAUUUGUAGCAGUGUGUUUUAGCUGUAGUCUUAUGUAAUGUAUAGAAUGACUGGUCCCAUUUUAAACAAACCACAACUUACAAAGACUUCAUAUAGCAUACUAUCCAGAUUCACGGUGAAGUGUUUAGAAACGUGUUCUUAUUGAUGAUAAAAGGGACGCCAAAAGGACACAAUAUUAUUACAUUGGGCACAAAACAAUCUGAAAUACCACCGAAACAGUCUCAUCUCUAUAGAGCUGCUGCCUGUGCCGCCUGACAAAAUUACUAUUUUGUAGUUCUUCAAAGUAAAUGAGGCAUACUUUUAUGACUGCUGAAUACCAACUAUCAAUCACUUAGAUCAUCUAUUUUCAGGUAGAUACCUCCGAAGCAACAGCUACUCUCUAUAUCCCCUCAUGAUUGCACAUUCUUCUCUGUCUUCAGUAGCAGGCUUAAAAGAAACACAGAGUGGACAAGUAGAUGAGCAAUGGCUUAUGGACAUUGUAGUUAAUCACCACCUUUUAUGCACUAAACUAUGUAGAAUAUUGGCAUGUUGGAAACUACAACUCCCUACUAUAUUGCACAGUUGUGCAAUGUGCACAUUGAGCUCACAGAAAACCUCAGAAAUAAAUGGAAUUCAAAUAAUUUAACUGACUUUGGUCAAUUAGUGGUUUUAGAAACUGAAAAAUAAUCUACAUUUCGGUUAAUUGCUCAGCACUACAAAUACUAAACUUGUUAGUACAUUUUUCCCACUGCUUUUGGUCCCCUAAAAUGGGAGGAGUAUGUACUGUACAAGAAGUGCUGUAAUUUCUAAACGAUUCAUCUGAUAUAGAUGCACAUACCCCCAAAUUAAAGCUGACAGACUGAAUCUUAACGGCAUUGUCAUUGUAUCAUUUCAAAUCCAAAGUGCUGGCGUACACAGCCAAAACAGCAACAAAUGUGUCCCUGUCCCAAUACUUUUGGAGCUCACUGUAUAUAACAUAUUGUAUACUAUGAAAUACUGUAUAGAUUUGAAACAAUGUACAGAGUUCAUGUGAAGAGCGACAGCAUGCUACGUCAUUAACGUAUUGUUUACGCAAUAAUGUUGGCUAGUAUUCCAUUUUACAAUGAUGUGCUGGGGGGAAACAGGCAGAAUACAUGCCUCGCUGACGACGGUUAUUCUGUAUGCACGGUCCGCAUUGAGCUGAAUGAUCCUUUCUCAUCACACACACACACACAAACACUCAGCACGGUGGGAGAUUUACAAUUAACAUGCCAUGGAGGGGCCCAUAAAAUACACACGGACACCUCGGAGUACACCUAAACAUUCCCUCCUUUGAUCUUUUGCUUACGGAGCUAUGAUUGAAACACUGGGCUUGCGGUGUUAGUUUCUGGGUCAUGCUAUUGUAAACUGUAUAGGCUAGACUACCGUGUGCCAGAUCCUCAUGUGCCGCUCUAACAUCAGCACAUUUGAUUGACCUGUGUUUAAGAUAUAGGCUUGCUAGAUACCAGAGAGAGAACAUUUUCUGGAGCAACCGAUAUCUUUACGCUAGUGUGUCCGUAGUUACCAUUUGUGGCAGUGGCUUUUAGCUGUAGUCUUACGUCAUGUAUAGAAUGACUGGUCCCAGUUUAAACAAACUGCGACUUUUAUAAAGGCUUCAUAUGGCAUACAUACGGUCUUCGUAAGCACGGCACAGAUUCUACGGCACGGCAGAGACCGUCAAGUCUUAUGUCAUGUAGUUACAUCCUGUAUAGAAUGACCAAAGUAUCCGUCUAUCCCUCCAUUAUGCCCCGGUUGUAACCUCUUUAGCCACUUAGUGAUUUCCAAUGGAAAAAACUGUUGAUUAAACGCGCCAGUAAGAAAUAUCUUUGUUAAUUGAGUUUUGAUGGCAUGCCAUCGCUGCAGUGAAUCUGGUUUGAUUACCAAAUGGUCCCUCAACUUUUUUUCCCAUAGUCCCGUGCGUGUCCUUGUGUGUGAGUGCAUGUGAGAGUGCACGUUUGUGUGUGUGUGUGCGUGUUAGGUGUUAGUGUGUAUGCACAUUGUUUUUCCUCCAUAGUCCUACAUGGUCAACAUUAGGCCACCAUUGGCAACAAAGCAAACUAACGACCACACAAAUGUGCACAUAAAUAACUAGCUAAUUGUUUAUUUAAAGCGGCGUCAUUGAUCUGAAUCCGAAUGCUUAGAACAGCGUAAAUAGAUGCCUAUUUGUUACUGCUAAUGUUUUAAAGCAGUGUCCAUGUUUUUCUAUGUUUGGGUAGCUUUGUGGUUGAUACACGCUUUCAAAUAGGAAAACACGUGCAGGGAAAACUGAUGUGGAAUGGAAUGAAAGUAGCAGAUGACAAUUGCUCGUCUUUGUUUUUUAGGUGCCCACCUACUUUUAUUUUGCCUUCAUAUUCCCAUUGAGAAUAACAUCACCUCCUGCAUUGUACGUACAUAUAGUACUGUAGCUUUGAAAGAAAUGGCCACAAUGAGGUUUUUAUACGAUCACAGUGUUUAGAUGUGUGCUUGUGCGUGCGUGCAUGUGCCCACGGAGCAGAGUUUUCAUGAUCACAGUGUGUGUGUGUGUGUGUGUGUGUGUGUGUGUGUGCUUGUGCGUGCAUGUGCCCACGGAGCAGAGUUUUCAUGAUCACAGUGUGUGUGUGUGUGUGUGUGUGUGUGUGCUUGUGCGUGCAUGUGCCCACGGAGCAGAGUUUUCAUGAUCACAGUGUGUGUGUGUGUGUGUGUGUGUGUGUGUGUGUGUGUGUGUUGUGCGUGCAUGUGCCCAUGGAACAGAGUUUUCAUGAUCACAGUGUGUGUGUGUGUGUGUGUGUGUGUGUGUGUGUGCUUGUGCGUGCAUGUGCCCAUGGAACAGAGUUUUCAUGAUCACAGUGUGUGUGUGUGUGUGUGUGUGUGUGUGUGUGUGUGUGUGUGUGUGUGUGUGUGCUUGUGCGUGCGUGCAUGUGCCCACGGAGCAGUUUUGAUGAUCACUGUGUGUAUGUGUGUGUGUGUGUGUGUGUGUGUGUGCGUCCACAGUACAGUGGUUAUAUAUGACCACAGUGUUUAGAAUCUAGAUGUCAGGUAAACCCUUGGGCCAUCAAUUAGAGGGGUGGUAUUUCUCCCCUGUGUGUGUGUGUGUGCUUGCGUGCAUGUACUAUAUAUAUGUGUGUGUAAUCCUUCUGGGUUUAAAUCAAGUGCUGGCACUAGCACCAGGCGUCUCUUCAGCCUUUGUCUUGUUUGGCUCGACACUCCAACAAGAGAAUAACCACGUUUGGUUUAGGGUAUUUCUUCCCCUGACCAACGAGGCGUGUUCUACCCAAUAGCCCAGCGCAGUAUAAAGACAUUACAUACCAUAGCUCAGGUUCCACGGCUGUCUGAUUGGGGGUCUCUAGGGGGUCUUUUGCCAACUCCCUCAUGGGGCAAAGAUGAUUCAAAACCUGAUGCACCGGUUACCUUGGCCCCCCAAGGCCCUUGUAGCCGGUGAAGUGUUGUAUUUUGUCACAGUUUGAAUUGAAAUGUAAUGGGUUUUUUUCUCCAGAUGACACACUACCCACCUGUGGCCCUCAGCUUGACUUAAAGAUAACAUGAAAAUAACAGCUGUGUGGAUGAAGAAGAAAAAAACAGCCGGUAGUAAAGGUAACAAACUGUACGCAGAACGAGUCACAUUCAAUAGCGUUAUCAAGUAUCAGUGGCGUUGCAUCGCUGUGACAGGCUGCAUCACAAGUGAUGGAAUGUAGUUAUUUAGUUUAGUACUUGAGCAUGAUACCUAAUUUUAAAGCAGUGCAUUUAUGCAAUAAAAUGUGAGGAUUGGAGUCAUUCUAGAAAAUGAUAUGGUGAUAUAGAGGCAGGAAUUUGGCACGAUGUUGUAAUGGCAGUGAGCAGGUUAAUCAAACGAUAUUAAGAGCAUUAUAACUUUGAUCAAAGACAUUUCUAGAUGUUCUUUUCGUGACACGCACUUUCAUGUGCUUGUUUUGACAUGAGCUAAUGUGACCAUUCGAUUUGAUAGGGAUGUGAAUGCAUAUAUUACAGUGAGAUCAGGCUAGAUUCAGUUUAAUAUCGCCAUUCAUCUUCUCUGCGAGGAUUCCUUCCAACGUUUCCCUAGACGUGAAGUCAACACGGUCUUACCAGAAUAUGUGAAGAUAGUGACGUUAAACCAUUGUAGUUAUAUGCCACUUAAGCUUUUGUAUUAGUUGUAAUAUCACUUACAAUGACAUGACUUACCUAAUCUGAUAUAUUACUUGUGGGUCACUUAUUGUUCUAAUGUCAUUGUAAAGACGCCAUUGUCUGAGAUUAGGGACAGGUUGUCCUAAUGUUCUAUAACGUCAACAUUCUGACAUAUUUCUAAUGGAGGUAUGUCUGGUGUAGUGUUGCUGGGGAAUGCCAAUAGAAUGUUCUAAGCCUUUAUGAAAGAAUGUAAAGAAACUUUAGAGACGUUAUGAUUCAAGAAUGUAAAGAAAUACUGUAUUUGCGUCGUGUAUUUCAUUACGUGUUGUCAUAGUGUGUUUGAGCUACAGUAUUUAUGGCAAAUCAAGCUUUUCAUCGAUACUCCAAUUGUUUUGAUACAGUGUCGGUAUUCAUUAAGAUAUGGUUUGAUACAACAAGAAGCAAAAUACAGCAACAACGGGGGGAAAAAAUGUUGUGAUGUCAGUCGUCCUUUGUAUAUUUGUGUUGCUGAAGACAAUGUUUUAGGUUUAAUGUAUAACUAAUGGUGCCUCUAUCAAAUGGUAGGUCUUUUUGCUUUGCAGUUGUCCAGAUUUAACUGAUUUGAUACAUGUAAAGGGCCCUGAAUAAGGAUAUACCACAGGGUAAUCACACCUUCUCAGUGCUAAUGGCAGCAUACAGUAUACAACAAACUCCCAGUUGACCAAUGCUGCGUAGUGACUUAACAUUGGCAUAAGAUAUUAUGAAUGUUCAUGUAGUGCUUAUCAAGUUGUAAUGUGAUGCUUAUGCAUGUGGUACAAAGUAUUUCUGCACAACCUCUUCUAAAGGUAGUUUUAUAUGGGCCAGUUUCGUGUACCCAGAUUAAGUUUAUUAAUGGACUCAAAAUGUGCUUUGAAUAGGCUUAAUCUAGGUAUGUGAUCCCAGCCUGCACUAAACAGUAUUAUUCUGCUAUCAAUGUACAAAAUUCUGUCUUAGUUUAAUGUCAAGGGUCUGUCUAUGGUCUUAUCGUGAAUGUUUACAUCUACACAACCAAAAAUAUCGAGUUUACAACACUUUUAUUGUAAUGCAUUCCAAAUUGAAGAAACAUACACUUGGAAAAUACUGUUUGCUUAGAUUGAAAAGUGUUUAUGAGUUACAUGUACAUUUACAAGCGGCAUAUGAACAGUGACAAGCAGCAUAUGUAUAACUUGCAGUGUUUCACAGUGAUAACAGUAGCACAGGCCCUUCCAAUUUAAAACGUGUAAUCAUAAAUCAAUACAGUCAAUUCUGUACAUUGUGAACAGUUUUGUGUUAGUUGUUUAUGACCAACUGGUGGAGUUUUGGUUGACUUUCGUCACAACAUGGACUUUGUCAUUGUCAAUGGAAAGUGAUCCUGUAAAUAAAAUAGUUUUAUGUUCUUUA